AUGGAGAGAAGGAGAUCACCAAGAAACAGCAAGAGUCCUGGAACUGUGAUUUUCCCUAAAAGCCCUCUUCUCUACGAGGGUUACAAGUCUGGUUGUGGUUGGAAACUGAUUAACUUCUUCGAUUUCAGACAUGUUAAACCUGGUAAUAAGAGACUGAGUUCAGAGAAGAAACCCAUCAGAGACUCUGCAGGUAAUGUUUAUACCAAAAGCCAACUUGAUCUUCUCAAGAGACUUCAUGAUAAAUGUCAGUGUAACGAUCGGAUUGUGGAAGGAGAGAACUCAUGCAAGCCUAAAACAAGGAGAAGAUCUUUAAGUUCUGAAAGAGAAGGUGAGAGCUAUGAAUCAAAGCCUGCUCAGGGUUUACUAGAGAGAGAGAUAAAGAGGAGCAAGAAUCUAAGUGAGCCAACUUCUUUGAGUGAAGUUGAGAAGACAGAUGAUAAGGCUAAGCAAAAUGAUUUGAAGAAUGUUAGAGAGCGUAAGAAGAGCUCAGAGAUUAAACUUCAAGUUUGUAUGAAUGAAACCGCUGAAACUUUGAUCAGUUCCAAGGCAGAGGAGAAAGGAAAAGACCGGUCUAAGCAGUUCAUGGAAGCAUUAGAUAUUCUAAGUUCUAACAAAGAUUUGUUCAUUACACUCUUACAAGAUCCUAAUUCUCUGUCGGCUAAAAACUGUCAAGACUUGGAACAAGGUGAUAAAUCUCCAUCAGUGGCUGAUGAUUUGGAUAGUAUUGUUCUCUUGAAGCCUAGAUUAUCAAGCUCGGAGAGAUUCAAACAUUUAGCCAAGAAGGUGAAGCUUGUUGUUGGAUCUAACAAAGACAGUAACACAGAAACCAAACCAGAAUGUAGCGGUAAAGCUAGAGAAACUGAAGCUUUUGCUGUAAGAAACAGUGGAAGCCCAGAGUCACCGGUGUUUAGGCGCAAGAAACGGGUUGAAUCUGAUGUCUUCAAGCUAAACAUUGAGAAGGAUGUUUUGCCAAGAAGAUUCUUGGUGGAAAGGCAACAAGAGAGAUCAAAUUCUUCACCGGUUUAUGAAUUUACUAAUGAGUUGAGUAGCUUGCAGACAAAACUCAAAGAGAGAAGACAGAAGCUGGAGAAGAGAAGAUUGUGGUCCUUGGACACGGACUUGGAGGUUUUUGAUCCGUAUCCUCACAACUCCAGUGUAAAAUCUCUUGACAACACUUGUACAAGUCUAGAGAGGAUUUAUUUGGAAGAGGAAACAGUAGAAGAGAAGAUUGGAUUAGUAUCUUUUGAUGAUCGUCUCGAGAAAGACUCUGUUCACGAGUUUGUGAAGAAAGUUCUUGAAGCUUCAAGACUGAACUGGACUAACCUCAUGGCGAGAUGCAACGAAGAAACAUCACUACUCGACGAGUUCUCACACGGCAAUCACAACAAUAAUCAGCUUCUUCUUGUUCUUGAUUACGCAGACGAGAUUCUACGCGAGAUUAACCGUCAAGACAUCAUCAAGUUUUGGCCUUUCUUGAGAGUUGACCUUAGAGAAGAAGACCUGAUUCAGGAGACGUUGAGACGUUUUGACUGGAGUUUACUCUGUUGUGACACUCCAAGAACAUUGGAUCAGAUCAUUGAGACUGAUCUGGUAAAGCCAUCAUCAUGUCUUUGGUCGGGGUUUGGUGGUGAAACUGAAGGUGUUGUCUCUGAUGUGGUUGAAAAUAUUCUGCAACGGCUGGUGCUUGAUAUCUCUCAUGAGCUAAAGAACAAUGCAUUGCAGAGUAUAUUAAUCUGAACUUCUUAACCGACUAUUCAACAUUUUUUUGCUAUGUAUAAAAAGAACUUUCAGUUUAAG